CGACGUCAGGCGACGUCGACGACGUUCUCCGUCGCGUACCACUCCGCUCGUAACCAUAUCUGGACUUAAUUAUUGGGGCUGUCGAUUAGCAGCGCGACCAUUUUCAGCCUGUGAGCAACCCCAAUAAUUGGAAAAUGUCCAGAUUUGCGGCGGCGGGCCUCGUGGCCUUCGACUCCAUCAAGUCUAAAGCAUCACAAAAGUUUGCUGGAUUUAAAAGAAGCAAUGCCGGCUACGAGGAAUUCGAAAUGCCCCGGGAGGGUAGCAAAGACAAUAAAGGGUUCGAAGACGAAAGAGGAUACAGUAGACAAGCGUCUUUUGAAUCGCUUCCGGAACCUGAAAGACCACCAUUGCGUCACAUCGAUACGUAUUGUAAACCAGAAUGUCCCUGCCUAUCAAAAAGAUACACCAUUGCAACGUUGGCCUGUAUAGGAUUCAUAAUUUCGUUCGGCAUGAGGUGUAACAUGGGCAUGGCGAAAAUGGUCAUGAAGAACACCACCGAAGGUGAUAAUCACACUCUGAUGUUCAAUUGGACAGUAGGUACAGAGAGUGCUCUAGAUUCGUCCUUCUUUUGGGGUUAUCUAGUAACCCAAGUACCAGGAGGAUUCUUCGCUUCUCUGUACCCUGCGAACAAGAUAUUCGGAGCUGCCAUCGCCGUAUCUUCGUUCUUAAAUUUACUGGUACCUGGUGCUCUGAAAGUCGACCCCAUUGUUGAUAUGUUUGUGCAAGUCUUGAAAGGAUUGGUGGAGGGUGUCACGUAUCCGGCGUGUCACGGUAUUUGGAAAUAUUGGGCGCCACCUUUGGAGAGAUCACGUUUAGCCACACUGGCAUUUUGUGGCUCCUAUGCCGCAAUGGUUAUAGGAAUGCCACUUUCAGGUUGUUUAACUUCAGUAUUCGGUUGGACGGCGUCCUUUUAUUUCUAUGGUAUGUGUGGAUUGGUUUGGUACUGUUUUUGGCUAUGGUUAGCCUUUGAAAAACCAUCUAAACAUCCUUGCAUUUCUGCACGGGAGCUUCGUUACAUCGAAGACUCUCUCGGCCAAGGACAAGCUCAAAUACCAAUUCCAACAUUUUCAACAACGCCGUGGCGUAAGUUCUUUACAUCGAUGCCGGUUCACGCCAUAAUCGUGGCCAACUUCUGCAGAUCCUGGAACUUUUAUCUGCUAGUGCUCUUCCAAGCUCGUUUUAUGCACGAGGCCUUCGGCAUGCCUCUAGUGGAAACCGGUGUAAUUGGUUCUCUUCCACACUUGCUGAUGACGAUGAUCGUGCCUUGCGGAGGAUUACUAGCUGACUACCUACGAAAACGUGAAAUAUUAUCUACGACGAACGUCAGAAAACUGUUUAAUUGUGGUGGUUUCGGCAUGGAAGCAAUCUUCUUCCUGGUGGUAGCCAACGCAACCACCCAUAGAAAUGGUACAGCUGCGAUCGUUGCUCUUGCAUUCGGUGUUGCUUGCAGUGGCUUUGCCAUUUCCGGUUUCAAUGUUAAUCAUCUCGACAUCGCACCCAGAUAUGCAAGUAUUUUGAUGGGAAUGUCUAAUGGAGUCGGUACGAUAGCAGGACUUUUGGUACCAUUUUUCGUGGAUAAUAUUACGGAGAAGAAGGAUGCACAAAGUUGGAAGAACGUCUUUAUUAUAGCAGCUUGUGUACACAUAUUUGGUGUGACAUUUUAUGCGAUAUUUUGUUCCGGAGAAUUACAACCGUGGGCUGAUCCAGUUGCAGAGGAGCAAAAGAGUUGGAACGCUUUGGAUGAAUUUGGACAAACGAAACCAGCAGUUCCGCCGCCGCCAAAUACCAUGCAAUCUGAAUUUAUUAAACAACCAUCCAUGGGUGGAGGUGAAACGGACGACUGGAACAAUUACGAGCAACCUCCCGCGGACAAUAUGUACGUCCAACAAGAAAAAGCACCCGUAAUAAGUUACGGGUCGACAGAAACCAACGCCAACAAUCCUUUCCAUUCGACGAACCCCUUCGUUACCGACAUAAACGCGUCUCUGGUACAACCACCAGCAACGAACGACUAUACGUACGAUGUUACACAGCAAAAUCAGCAAUGGAAUUAAAUUCAUCGAGAGGAAGAAGAAGAAGAAAAAAAAGAUGAAGAAGAAGAAGAAGAAGAAGAAGAAGAAGAAGAAAGAAGAGUAAAUCCAACAAGCGUAAGGAAAUCUUCUGUUCAAGGUGACUGAUUCUUUAAUUUCUGGUACUCAUUCGACCUGCUUAGCCAAUAUUCUAAUCUAUUUCUUAAUCUUAAAUCAUAGAAUUUCAUUUCUUGGUUCAGUUUAUCUCAGUAAAGGGAUCAGAUACUCACGAAGAAAUUCUUAUAGCAAUCUUUGAUAUUUUCAGUCAUAGUAAUUAAUCAAUGAAUGGAGUAUCAGAAACACGUUGAAAGGAUUAUUCAGAACCUCCAAAUAUUUGAAAUUAGUACACAUUGCAAGGGAUGAAAUUUUCUUUAUUGCAAUACCUAAGAGUGCAGGGUAUAGUGCUGUAAGUCGACAAUUACAAAAAUUAAAAUUAAAAAAAAGAUAGAAAGAGAUCAAAAGGAUUUCAGUGAAAGAAAUCAUAGAGGACACUUUCUACAUUAAUUAUCAGCAAGUUAUGUACGCUUUCACGCUGAAGAAACGAAGCCAAUCGAAAUGAAAUAUUCGAUGAGUCUGAAAUUGCCCUGUCCAUUGAAUAUAUCUACCACUGAUGCAGCAAAUAAAUGAAAAAUAAAAAGAUACAAAAUGGAAGACAGCGGCCUAAGUUGAAAGUAGCUAAGCUUAAUAUUAACAAGAUACAAAGCAAAUGUGAUUUCUAAGAGAACGUAAGCAGACAAUAAUCAACUGCCAAACCUUCGCAGACAAUAAUUAUUAAUCGAAGACAAUAACGAGAAGGUUUUGGCGAGAGAAAUCGGUUCAGCACGAUCAGCUGAUACUUUUAGGUAUUUCUGUGUUCUUCUUUCUUUUCGCGUUGAUGGCUGACUUUUAAAUGAUGGAAAACAGUAGAAACAUAGCAAUAAAAAGAAAAGAAAAAACAAAGGAAUGAAUCAAUGCCAAGUAUAAAUGGCAAGGAGAAUGGUGAAUCUCAAAACAGUACACGUCGGUCCUCGAUGAUAACCAGAACGAAUUAAAUUAUCGAAACGUCAAUAUUUUCAUGAUGAUAGGACUGGUGGGUUUUGGUAUUUAAAUACAUCAUUCGGUAACGCUGUUCCGUGAAGCGUUCGGAUAAAUGGAGUGCAUUAAUACGUUUAUUCAGGUACAAGUCGUAUCAUAGACGAGGUCAUUGUCUAAGCCUUUCGAGUUUAAAUGUGUAUUCGCAAAAAAACCACACGGAUCCUAAUGGAAUUCUGAAACGUAUGAAAGUAUUCGUAAGAAAGUGAUAACAUGAUGAAAGUAUUAGUUCGAUAAGGUAUAAAGUACUGUAGGGCUCUAUUUGUUGUGACCUGAUCACUUUGAGUGGAGACUCAUGUUGGGCACCAAUACGAUCUUUUGAGUAUGUAACCUCUUCGAAGAUAACUGUUUUCUAUUUCGUAUUUUAUUUACCUAAUAACGUGUGAAGUUAAA